AAUAAGAGUUCACCCGAAUUUGGACAACAACAAGCUAACAAUAAGGAGGAGCAUGAAUUAAACUCAAACGAUGCAACGCCAAACGCAACUCUUCAGCCGGCGAAAAACACAUCCUCAAAAAAUUCCAACUCAAGACCAGCACAAAUUGUAGCCCUAGAGAUGGAAACGAGUGCCGGGAUCCGGCAGGUAAAACCCUACAUCUACACUCCCUCCUCCCUAAACUGCAGUAGAUCCGGAUCUCCGGAUAGGAGUGCCACUCCGAGAUUGCCAAAGCAUCAGAGGCAGAAUUCUGAAGGAUGUUUGCUAUCCUCAAACAACAUCUUCUCAUUUCCGGAGUUCACUGAAUCCGCCGAGUCCCACCAGCUCCAGAAACCUUUCUUUGUCAUAGUGGCCAUUGAUUUUGGGACCACGUACAGCGGAUACGCCUUCAGUUUCGUAAAGGAUCCGGAAUCCCUGCACAUCAUGAGGAAGUGGGAAGGUGGAGACCCAGGACUUGUCAAUCAAAAGACUCUCACAACGCUUCUGUUAAAUCCGGAUGGCGAGUUUCAUUCGUUUGGCUUCACAGCCCGGGACAACUAUCACGAUCUGGAUCAGUCGCAGGCGAAGAAGUGGUUUUAUUUUGAAAAAUUCAAGAUGGCCCUCCAUCACAACUCAGAGUUGAACAAGAAUACAACCAUAAAUGCCAGCAAUGGCCAGGCUUACCCAGCCCUCAAGGUCUUCGUUCAUUCGUUGAAAUACUUUAAAGACCACGCCCUUCAAGAACUAACCGACCAAUCAGAGACGAGUAUUUUGAAUGAAGACAUACGUUGGGUAAUUACGGUACCCGCCAUUUGGAAGGCCCCUGCCAAGCAGUUCAUGAGACAGGCUGCUUAUAUGGCGGGUCUGGCAAGCCCCAGCUAUCCGGGCCAGCUGCUCAUUGCCCUCGAACCCGAGGCCGCAUCCAUCUACGUCAGAAAACUAAGAACGUACCAACUUAUCCCAGAAACUUUCGCCAACAACAACAACAUCAACAACAACAACACCAACAACACCGACAACAUCAACAACAACAACAACAGCAAUACUCUUUCUUCUUCCAUUUCCGGUGGAGAGAAGGGGAACCAGUUACACGGUAGCACCAGAUACAUGGUUGUGGACUGCGGUGGUGGUACGGUGGACAUAACGGUUCAUGAGAUGGAAGAGAAUGGUGGCUGCCUCAGGGAGCUGCACAGGGCCACUGGCGGGCCCUAUGGGUCGAUAGGCAUCGACCACGAGUUUGAGAAACUCCUCUGCAACAUAUUCAGCCCGGAGUUCAUGAACUCCUUCAAACUGAAACGCCCCACCGGCUGGGUCGAUCUGAUGACGUCAUUUGAGGCCCGCAAAAGGUCUGCCCACCCGAACAAAUGCACGCCCCUCAACGUCGCCCUACCCUUCUCCUUCAUCGAGUAUUAUAAAAAGUUCAAGGGCAGCCAGGUAGAGACCGCCAUUAAGAAGCACGGCGGGAAAGAUAUCACGUGGUCGUCCCAAGGGAUGCUCCGGUUGAAUCCGGAAGUUAUGCGAUGGUUAUUCGCCCCGACUUUGGAUAAGAUCAAGCAAUCGAUCGGCGAUGUGCUGAAUAAUCAGAGCGUCAGAGGAAUACGAUACAUCUUCCUGGUUGGGGGAUUUGCCGAAUCGGGUCUACUACAGUUCGAACUGAAGAAAGAUUUUGGCCACCUACUCAAGAUAAUCAUACCACAGGACGUCUCGACCACCAUCUUGAAAGGGGCAGUGUGUUUCGGGCUUGAUCCUACUGUGGUCAGUGUCCGCAAGUGCCGCCUAACUUACGGGGUGGGGGUCCUGAACCGGUUCGUCCCUGGGGUUCACCCGGAGGCCAAUGUCGUCGUGAAGGACGGGGUCAGGUGGUGCAGGGAUGUGCUGGAUAAGUUUGUCGUCGUCGAUCAGCCAGUAGCUCUGGGAGACACUGUUGUAAGAAGCUACGCGCCGGCAAAAAUAGGCCAGCGAACGUGUGUGGUCCACAUCUACUGCACCGAGCGUCCAGACGCCCUUCUCGUGUCUGACCAGGGCGUACGAAGGUGUGGCACCCUCUGUCUAGACUUGAGUGAAGACCUCUACAGACAGCACCCGUCUGGAAUGCCCUACCAUAAGUCUAGACGGUCCAGAGAGAUUCAGACGACGAUGAUUUUUGGCGAUACAGAAAUCAAGGUGUCGGCGGUUGACGUCCACACUGGGAAGUGUGUCAGAUCUGUCAUCGACUUCCUGGGCAGAUGAUGACGACCUGCUUUUUUUGUUUAAUUGUUGUGCGCUAUAUCAUUUGUUUAUUUACUUUUGUUUUUUAUUUAUUUAUUUAUUUAUCAGUUCUUUCGUUCGUUCAUUAUAUGUAUAUAAUAUUGGGCCUCCAAAAAACAUUGCAGCCCUUGGCCUUAGGCAAAAAAGUUUACCCCUUCUAUCUUGACACCUAAAGGCCUUAUGUGUUUCAUGUAAAGAAAAUCAUAUCUUUACUUUAGUUUAAUUUCUGUAUUAUGAAUUAAUUAAUUAAUUGAUUAGUUAAUUAAUUAAUUACUUUGUUUAUUUAUUGAAGAAGAUGUAUUGUUUGUCA